AGGAGCCGGGAGGCUUUGGGGGCGGGGCCACGUCAGGAGGAAGAGGGGGGGCUUGCUCCAAAGACCUGCAGAGUGGGCAGGGUAGGGGUUUGGUUUCCUGCCGGAGGCCGGCGUACUAGGAGAGGGAGACUCAAACGGGGACUGGCCUUCCACCAGAUCCAGAGUCUAGGACCCAAGGUGCUACCCCCUGAGGGGCCGUGGUCACUUGCGAGCGAGGCCUUAGGGCUCUGGAAGGUCGGGUUCUGAGUAGCCGGGCCGUGAUGUGCGGGAGGCUGCUAUCCGAAUGUUAUUCGGCUCUUGUCUGCCUGGCAGCAUGAGGCAUCGCACCCUAAUCUCCAGCCCGGGCCUCUGGGCCUCUGUCCCGUGUCCACGCUCCGAGCUGCGACUGGACCUGGUUUUAGCUUCUGGACAGUCCUUCCGGUGGAGGGAGCAAAGCCCUGGGCACUGGAGCGGCGUGCUGGCAGAUCAAGUAUGGACACUGACUCAGACCGAGGAGCAGCUUUAUUGCACUGUGUACCGAGAAGACAAGAGCCAGGCCAGCAGGCCCACCCUAGAGGAGCUGGAAGCCUUACACAAGUACUUUCAGCUGGAUGUCAGCCUGGCUCAGCUGUAUAGCCAUUGGGCUUCUGUAGACUCCCACUUCCAAACAGUGGCUCAGAAAUUCCAAGGUGUGAGAUUGCUGAGACAAGACCCCACGGAAUGCCUUUUCUCCUUCAUCUGUUCCUCCAACAACAACAUUGCUCGAAUCACUGGCAUGGUAGAACGGCUAUGCCAGGCCUUUGGACCUCAACUCAUUCAGCUUGAUGAUGUCACUUACCAUGGUUUCCCCAGCCUUCAGGCCCUGGCUGGUUCAGAGGCAGAGGCUCACCUCAGAAAGUUGGGCCUAGGGUACCGGGCCCGCUACGUAUGUGCCAGCGCCAAAGCUAUCCUCAAGGAGAAAGGUGGGCUGGCUUGGCUGCAGCAACUUCAAGCGGCCCCUUAUGAAGAGGCCCACAAGGCCCUUUGCACCCUGCCCGGAGUGGGCACCAAGGUGGCUGACUGCAUCUGCUUAAUGGCCCUUGACAAACCCCAGGCUGUGCCUGUGGACGUCCAUGUAUGGCAGAUCGCCCAGCGUGACUACGGCUGGCAACCUAACACAUCCCAGGCUAAGGGCCCAAGCCCUCUGGCCAACAAAGAACUGGGAAACUUUUUCCGGAAUCUCUGGGGACCUUAUGCUGGCUGGGCCCAAGCAGUGCUGUUCAGUGCUGAUCUACGCCAACCAAACCAGGCUCGGAAGCCACCAGCAAAGCUCAGGAAGGGCUCUAAGAGACCGGAAGGCUAGGACCCUGGUGCUUACCCCCAGCCGUUGGUGUCAGCAGCUCCCCGUGGCUAGCUGUCUGUCCCUGCCCCUCCUGGCUGGUGCCCAGCUGCAGCUUCCUCAUGUGCCGAACCACAGCCGUGGCAUUGAAAGCUUGCUGUGGAAGAAGAGGAGGGAGGACUGCUGAAAGGUGCCUUGAGAGCGGUGGGUCGGCAGGAGCCUCACAUGUUACUCAGUGACUCCCCAAGUCCUCCAAAGAAACCCUAUAAGGCCUUACUAAAUUAUAUUCGGUCUUACAUACAAGCACAUGAAUGGUGUGUACAAAGGAAUUCAUAGUCCUGUAACAAACAAUGUAACAAUGUGUCAAGCACAGCUCUGAGCACACUGCGUGGUUAUUCAUUUAAUCCUCACAAAGUUCAUUUAAUCCUCACAAAGGUAGCACUUUUUAUUUGGCUUUGGCUUUUUGUUUUUUGUUUGGUUUUGGUUUGGU